AUGUCAUGCGAUGAUGUCUUGCCAGUGGUUUCUCUCUUACCAUCGUGUAUUGAAAUGACGCCUAAUCAGUUCUCCUUAGUGACUUCAAUAUUCAAUCUUGGUGGAUUGUUCGGUUCAUUGUUUGUAUCAAGAUAUGCUGACAGUAAAGGGCGAUGGUGGACUAUGCUAGCGAAUACUGGAAUCCUCGGAUGUGGUGCCUUAAUUAUGGGAUUUGCAAGUACUAUUACCGGACUAGUCGUUGGGAGAAUUGUUGUUGGAAUUGGAAGUGGCGUGGCUAUUGUAGUUGUGCCAACAUACCUGGCUGAGAUAGCCCCGACUGAGCACCGCGGUACUUUUGGCGUGAUGAAUCAACUCGGUGUAGUCCUCGGAAUCCUCUUUUCUCAGGUACUAGGACUUUACUUCUCGACGAUACCGGGAUGGAGGAUAAUCCUUCUCGUCGGAUCGGUAACUGCCCUAGUCCAAGCCAUUCUUUUGGGCUUUGUUGUAGAAUCACCUAAAUACCUUGCCUCUAGUCCGGGCGGGUACAGCCGUGCGAAGAAGGCUUUGCAAAAAUUAAGGGGAACCACAGAUGUUGAGGGUGAAUUACGUGCGUGGGCACUUUCUACUAAUGAGGAAGUAUUCGAAGGAUUGAUUGAGGAGACUGAGAUAGAGAAUACGGAAGAGACCGAAGAUUUGGAAACGCCUGAAAAUGUAUUCUAUGCCAAGGAUAUCAAUGAGGUUGAUGUUUGGAAAUUCAUUACAUCAGCUCACUACCGACCAGCGUUGAUUGUUGUUCUGCUCACUCAGAUGACCCAGCAAUUAUCUGGAAUUAAUGCAGUUAUUUAUUACUCUGCAACUAUCCUAUCCCAAAUUCUGCCUACUUCUAAUAAUAUGGUUACGGUAUUUAUCAGUAUUGUAAAUACUAUAAUGACCAUAGUUUCUGCCGGCCUAAUAGAAAAGGCGGGUAGAAGGAAAUUAUUACUCUUAUCAAUUUCAUCGAUGUCAGUAACAAGUGCACUACUUGGUUUAGGAAUCACGCAUAGUAUUGCUAUGCUCUCUGCCUUUUCUAUUGUAGCUUAUGUUGCUACUUUCGCAAUUGGGUUGGGUCCUAUUCCAUUCCUCAUCACUCCCGAAGUAGUGGAUACGCGUGCUGUUGCCACCGCUGGAGGAUUAGGUCUUGCUGUGAACUGGAUAGUGAAUUUCAUAGUGGCUGCUGCAUUCUUAGGGAUAAGAGAGUACCUUGGAGGAAAUGUGUUUUACAUAUUUGCAGCAUAUCUUGUGCUUGCGUACCUACUGGUUAAUAGAUAUGUGCCUGAGACCAAAGGCAAUACUGUAGAAGAAGUAUGGCAAGAAUGGAGAGCAUCCGAUUAA